CGCACUACUUCAACCGGAAAAGGAGGGCUGAGGGAAACGACAGUGGGGAAAUUGUUGUGUACUGUUCACACAAUAGUUCUGACGUUAUUUGGCUAUUUUUGAUAAUCCAGCCGUUUUCUUGCCCUCCACCCCUUUGAGGUUCACGUGCAGCCAGGAUUGGCGUCGUCAAGCUCGCUGUAGAGAUGUCGGUCGCGCCUCCAAAUCGCUCGAACGCCGGCUGGCCGCGCGGAGGAGCCGUUCAGUUCGGGAACAAAUACAUCAGUGGGCCCGCGAAAUCCCUGUCUCUGGAGAGGACCAUCAACCUAUACCCUCUAACCAACUACACAUUCGGCACCAAGGAGCCUCUGUAUGAGAAGGACAGUUCAGUGGCCGCACGGUUCCUGCGGAUGCGGGAAGAGUUUGAGAAAAUGGGAAUGCGGAGAACCGUGGAGGGCGUUCUCAUCGUCCACGAACACAGGCUGCCUCAUGUGUUACUGCUGCAGCUGGGCACCACUUUUUUCAAACUUCCCGGAGGAGAGCUGAGUCCUGGAGAGGAUGAAGUGGAGGGUCUGAAACGCCUGAUGACGGAGAUCCUCGGACGGCAGGACGGCGUGAAGCAGGACUGGGUGAUCGACGACUGCAUUGGCAACUGGUGGCGCCCGAACUUUGAGCCUCCACAGUAUCCAUAUAUCCCAGCUCACAUCACCAAACCUAAGGAGCACAAGAAGCUGUUCCUGGUUCAGUUGCAGGAAAAAGCGCUUUUUGCUGUCCCCAAAAACUAUAAACUGGUGGCAGCACCAUUGUUUGAAUUGUAUGACAACGCUCCUGGAUAUGGACCAAUCAUUUCCAGUCUACCACAGCUUUUGAGCAGGUAUAGUUUGUGUCACUGUGUAAGUAGCUAAUUUAAGACACAAUUUGAGACAGUCUGUUUUUUUUUUGUUCUGUUGAUUGUGCCUGUGGUUAAAUAAAAAAACUGAAGGGCUGGGUUAGAAUAUAGUAACAUCAACUGUCUGUAUCAAGGAUGUAAAAUUGCUGACAAAACCUGUACAACCUGUAACUUUUAUAAACAUAAUUCAAUUGGCAUGUUUUCUUUCAUGUUUGAAGUGUAACAUAAUAAACAUUUUUAUCAACACCA